GUUUACUUCAAUAUACUUCGAUUUAUUUUUUGAAAAUUCCCUAUUUCAUUAAAUAAUAUUUUUCAUGCGAGUAUGCCAAACAAUACUUUCUCGUGCGUUUUUUUGUUAAUCAAUAAAGUUGUUUGUAAGACCCAUAUUAGUAACGCACAGUUUUGUGUCGCACGACGAUUUUAUGGCUAUAUCCGCUGAAUGUACAGACGAAAAUUUAGAAUGCUGCAAAAAUGUUGUCUAUCAGAGGAGUAAGAAAUUAUAUCUCUUAUUGGAAUGGAAAUGGCACAUCAUCCUGCAGCCAAGUACUGCAUCAGCACUUUUUGUUGCAGCGUUACUCAUAUAACAUCAUAUAACUAUUUAAUUCUUAUUUUAAUGAAGUACGCACACAAGUAAAGAAUAUGUUUUACUUUUCAUUUAAAUAAUCGAAUAAAACGCACAUUGUAUAACAUACAUACACAUAUAAACGUACGAAAUCGAUCACAUACCUAAUAAUACACCGGGCUCACGCGGGCUGUAUGUACGCUGCUGCCCUCUAUAUUAUAUACUUAAUUCGAUCUUCCACUUCCCUCGCAAAUCCACUAUUCUCUUUUAUCAGACCAAAGUGUCUUUUAUCUGCUACAACUACAUAUACUAACCACGCACGAACCUUUUCCAAAAUUGAAAGAUCUAUUCCAAUUUCCAAAAGUCCGAAAGCUGCGAAAAAACAGGAUUUGUAGGCGACAAUAGAGGUCGCUCCGAUCGUGUCGAGGAAGCGCAUCAUCUCUGCUUGGCUCGGUGCGGCUCGCGACUCGCGAGGCUGGCAAGUUCCGCCAUUUUGCACACUGGCAACGGGCGCGACGUCGGCAGCAGGUCGUCUUCGUCGUCGGCCGUCGCUGCGCAAUAUAAGGAUACCCCAACACCUUCAACACUCGGACGGAAAUUCCCUUCUCCGAGAGUCGCCGAGUCCAUUCUUAAUAUUGUAAGUCCGAUAUCGGAAUCUUAGGCAACUCGCGUGAGUUAGGUGACCAAAAAGAGAGUGGGAAAUAAGGUACUGGAGUUUCAGCGCUGGAUAUUUUAGGAAAAAUAAAAUAAAAUGAAAAAGUGCUGCGGUUGAACUUUUGUUUUCCUCGUCUUUGCUGAAUUUCAUUGUCACUUACCAAUUUGCUGCUUGGUCUUCUAAAUUCGCGUCGUCUUCUUAACUCGCAACAUACCUUUUAGCCAAGUGAAGCAUUAACGAAGAAAGAAGGUUGUCGAGGUUCUAGAAAACAAAGGUAAAAUUCUCCUACUAGUAACGUAAUAAAAUUAGCUCUUAAUUUGGGAGGGAAGUGUUGUGAUUUCAUGUGUAGUCACUGACUUCUUUACUCUCAUCGCUUAUUUGUUUUUGUGAAUUUAUCAUUAUAAAAAGUAUUCAAAGUUAUCUUUACACAGUACUUUAUAGUAAUCUUACAUUUUAAUAUAGACUUUUCAAAGUUACCGAGUGAGUGGUAAGUAAUUGUCAAAAGGUCAGAUAAUAUAAUAAAAAUCUGUUCACAUGAUCGAUAAUCCCUGCAUACAUGAAUAAAAACUCCUUUCAAUGUUUAAUUCAACAUGAAGGAACAUUUUUAUGCUAAGUACUAAAGAUAAUCUUCCUAAAUUUACCAAUAGUCAUUAGGUAUUCCAGACAUUCGCAAGUGUCUAUCAGUGAGUUAGAUUCAAUGCUCCUUGAUUAAAAUCCACUUAGAACUUAGUAGUAGUCCCUUAAAUUUACUUUUAUUUAAAAGGUAAGUCUAAGAGGGGUCAUACCUAAACCGCUACAUGAAUUAAUAACCAGAGAAUUCCACCAGGUAGAUAAGCCUUAACUGUCUCUAUCCUGAAUCGCCGAAUUUCAUUAUCCAUUUUACUGAGUAAAAAGAGGAUAAAGCGAAAAGCCCUAACCACGAGAUAUAUCGCAAGGAGUCAUCGCGGAGCUGCAAUGAUUCGCCAGAAGCAGCAGUAGUGUAAAAUCCAGUUGGAUGCCGCAUUCAGCUGUUCUGCCUCUUGCUCUCUCACGGUUUUCGAUGUCAAGUCACUGCGCUGCGACGCACCACCGCCGGCCGGACUCCCGAUCGCGACGAACGAGCAGGAGGAUGGAGAAAAAUCUGUCGUGCGGAGAACGAAAACAAAGGCUCUUCGAGCUUACGCUAAAUUCAAUUUGUCACGCGGCCGCGCCGUCGUCAAAAUGAGCGUGAUAAUCAGAUUGCAGAACCUGGCGUGGUCCGCCAAUGCGCUGGACAUCCGCCAGUUCUUCCGUGGCCUCAGCAUACCCGAGGGCGGCGUUCACAUCGUCGGCGGCGAACUGGGCGAUGCUUUCAUUGCCUUUAGCACGGACGAGGACGCCCGGCAGGCCAUGAUGCAGGACGGCGGCAAGAUCAAGGAGAUGAAGGUCAAGCUCCUGCUGAGCUCGCGCACGGAGAUGCAGAAGGUCAUCGAGACCGCGCGCCAGCAGACGCUCAACAUGCAGAACGCGUUCAUGCAGUCGGCCGCCCCGGUGGCGGUCGCGCCCAACCCGCCCACCAUCAGCAAGCCCGCCGGGCCCGGCGAGUCCGGGGCCGCCGGCAGCGCGGCCGCGGGCACGGCCCGUCGCUCCGACCGCGAGCACGAGAGCGACAAGGAGCGCAAGGACCGGCGCGGCGACCGGUCGCGCUCCCGCGAGCGCUCGAGGUCGCGCGACCGAGACCGCGAGCGCGGCCGUGACCGCCGGGACCGGGACCGCGGCGACAGGGACAGGCGGGGCGGCGGCCGCAGAGACCGGAGCAGGUCCCGCGACCGGGAGCGCGACCGCAGGGACCGCAGGCGCGGCCGGCGCGACAGGUCCCGCUCGCGAGACCGCACGCGCUCCCGCGACCGCGACGCCAAGCGCGCCGGGGCCGGCAACGAGCGCAGGAAGGACAACCUCGCCGCCAUGCAGGAGGACGACUCGAACAACGACGUCGUCUGCGUGGGCCAGUUCACGAUCAAGGACAAGCUCGCGCCCAUGGGCGGCCCGGGCAACAAGAAGCCGGCCCUGCCGGACAACGGCGUCUGGGAGGUGCCGCCUCAGAGCCAGCUGCAGGCAGCCGCGCUGGUGCCGAGCCUGCUGAACGCGGUGGCCGCGUCCGUCAUCCCCUCCCAGGACGGGGAGCAGAGGCCCGGGCCGUUCGGCAUGAACCAGGGCUCGAUGCUCUCCGGCGCCCAGUACGGGAUGAACGGGAUGAACGGCGUGGGGGGCAUGCUCUCCGGGCAGGUUCCCCCGCUGGGCCUGUCGAUGCAGAACCCCCUGGGCUCGGGCAUGGCCGGCUCGCUGGGUGGCGGCCCGAACCCCCUGGGCAACCGGAACAACCGGGCCGAUCACUGGAACGACCGCAUGGACAGAAUGGACGGCGGCAGAUUCCCGUCCAGGGGCAGCCCCUUCUCGCAGGACUCGAACUUCAACUCCAGCAACGGCAAUCCCGGCGGCAUGGGCUUCAGGCCCGGCAUGAAGCCUUCGCCGAACAACCCGUUCAUGAACAAGGUUCAGGAGCUGGACAGCCGCCGAAACCCCAACGCAUUCCAGUCGGCCCACAGACCCUUCGACAACGGGCCCGAUCGCGGCUCCAGGAUGGACGGCAGGGACCGAGACAGCAGGGACAGCAGGGACGGCAGGGACGGCAGGGACGGCAGGGACGGCAGGGACAACCGAGACAGCCGGGACGGCCGGGACAGCCGGGACGGCCGGGACAGCAGAGAUAGGGAGCGGGACAGGGACAACAGGGAGAGAAACUCCCGGUUCGCCAAGGAGAAGACUCAGAAUGGCUACUGCAUCGAGAUCAGGAACAUGCCGAUGAGCGCGAGCUACGGGGACGUGCGCCAGGCCUUCCAGGGCAUCUACAUAAGAAACGACGGAAUAAAGCUGAUCACCGACACGCACGGCAACCGCGUGGGCAUCGCCUACGUCAAAUUCGGCAAUUUCGAGAGCAAGGAGCAGGCGCUGAAGGGCACCAAGUACGUUCGCGGUUCCGAGGUCGAGGUUCUGCAUCUGGAGGAGGCGAUAUUCGACAAGACGAACGACUCCUUCAAGAGCUCGGACAGGUCGAGGGACCAGAUCGAGGACGUUGCGAUGGACAUCAGCCCGACACCCUCGAGCUGCGUCCUAGUCUCCGACCUGCCGUCCUUCGUCAAAGAAAUGGACAUAGCCAAGAUGUUCCAAGACUGGAAGAUCAACGACCUGUUCAUCACGAGCAAAAAGGAGAACGGCGGCAUGCAGUACUACGCCUACGUGCAGUUCGCGAGGCUGGACGACGCCAAGCUGGCGCAAUCCAAGCCCCAGAAGAUGGGCUCGAAGAUCGUCAUGGUCUCGUCCAUCAGCGAGGAAAAGUUCGAGCAGGCCAAGAACGAGCACGAGCAGCUACACCUAGGGAGCGGCGGCGGCGGCGGCGACGGCGGUGCCUCCUUCGACUGCAUAAUCAUGCGAGGCCUGCCCUACCAGACGAUAGACCGCGACAUCCUCGACUACUACUCGGACAUCGGGCUGGUGCCGCACCGCAUUCACAUGCUCCUCAACCAGAACGGCAAGCCGGCCGGCGAGUGCUUCUGCGAGUUUAAUUCCUGCGAGGAGGCGGUGCGCGCCACCGCCAAGAACGGCGUGCCGCUCGGCAAGAACGUUCCCUCGAUCGAGCUCGUCAACAGGAACAAGAUGCUAGACACCUUGGCUAUGGUCGACAGCACCAGCAAGAUGAUCGACGGGCACUCGCAGCCCAAGCAGCUGUUCAUGGGAGACCCGAGGCCGAGAUUCUCGCCGAUGCACCAUCCGAGUAUGCGCUUCCCUCCUGGAAUGAACAACUUUGGAAUGAGGGGGCCGCCGAUGAUGGGCAUGCCACCCAGGCACAUGAUGGGUCGUCAUCCGGCAGCAGCUAUGUCGGGACCGCCGGGACCGCCCGGACCGCAUCUAGAGGGCUUCGGCAAGCCCGGCUGCGUCUUGUCUCUGGAAAACGUGCCGUUCAAGGCCGACAUCGACGAGAUCAUCGACUUCUUCGGCGACUUCCAAGUAUCUCGGGAGCAGGUGAUCAGGAGGUACAACGACAAGGGUAUGCCCACCGGAGACGCCAGAGUCGCGUUCACGUCGCCGCUCGAGGCGCAGCGAGCGCUCCGCGAACUGAGGAACCGGAAGAUGAGGGAUCGCAUGAUCUACAUGAAGAUUGCCUGAGAUCAGCUUGAUUCCGAGCGGGCCGAUGGCAUCGAUGACGACGAGUGACUGAGAGCCGCACUGCUCUCGAGACGCGUGGCCACGUCUAGAGGUUAGUCACGCGUGUCUACAAAGCGACCAAGUUCAAUCGUCUGCUGAACCACAUCAGCAGACUUUUUCAUGCAUUUCCAAAGUUUUCAUGAAAAACUGAUUAGAGAUAUAUUUUUUUAUUUCGAUUGCCGUCACGAGGUUUAACGGUUAAUUUAUUGUUUUUUCGGGACUUGAGUUGACGGAUAAAAAUUUAUUUUGUCGGGAGUCGAAAUGAAAAAUUGAUUUGUAAAAAUAGGUGAAUUUUUCUCUCGCACUGCGUUAUGAGCCCGAAUAUUAAAACAGUAAAACGAUUGAAUCUGUUGAUUGCAUUACUAGGAAAUAAAUGCUUUACGAGUGUGUGAACGUUUUACAGAUUUAAACUGUAAUUAAUCGAUAAAACUAAAAGAUUUAGAUAUCAGACGACAGUUUCACUUUUAUCAUUGACCAGCGUACGGGUUAUUAAGUUUCGUGCAUACUUGGUUCAUUCUUUUUCUCCUACCAGAAAUCAGCAUAUACUGCUGUGCGAUAAGGCAGCCUAGUAGCUGUGUCGCUCAGUCACGACUUCAACUUUGUAAAUACACUCGAUUCAAACGGGAUAAUCAUUGCGUUACGCUAAGUGUGAUGGAGUAAGAAUAAGUUUAUCCGAGUGAGUUUACGGGAACUGGUAAAAUGUUUUACAUGGACCAAUGAAAGAAUCUUACGUUGUGUGACGUAUCAUACAUGUACACUAGUAUUGUUCAUUAUGCGAGCUGCGUAUACGAAUUUCUAGGCAAAAUUUGAGUGCUUUGUUUGGCUGUCUUUUUUUCAUAAACGAAGACACAGCGACGGUAGUAGCUUUUUAGAAUUUAAAGAUGGCAAAGAAAAUGAUGCCGGAACGAAUCGGGCGCGUUUGUGUUGAUAGUUUUCUUUUUCAAAACUCGAAACGCACUGUAAAUAUUAAAUUUAGCUUCGCGAUCGAGUAACCGUUUUAUGUACAAAAAAAAAAAAAAAAACAAUGAAAACAAAAAAGAAAUACGGUAAAGUGUUCGAGAAGUGUCUUCGAGUAGAAAAAUAGUUUAAUUCGCACUUAAUUAACUUACGACUUCUUGAGGAUAUGUUGUUGAACAUAAAAGGAUCUCUCCGAGCAAGUUAUAACAUUGAUUUCAAUAAAUUUAUAUCAAAGAUCAUGAAAA